AUGUCUAUCCCCGAGGUGGUGAUCUUUCUCUUGGAUGUGUCCAAAUCAAUGCUUUCUCCUGCAAACCAGCUUGAGACGAAAUGUAGUUGUGCAAAAGCAGGAAUAGAAUAUUUUUUUCGCCGUUGUCACUGGCAGACUGUUGCUUGUAUUGCGUUUGCAUCGCAUUGUAGCAUUUUAUUGGAGUUUACCAAGUAUCAGGACCUUUUACCGUAUGCUUUUGAUAAAUGGGAAAUCAAACCUGAAGAUUCUGAUAGAAACCUGGAAAAUGCUUUUCAUUUUGCCGAAAGACAUGUCAUCGAAAAAUUCGGGUUGAACCAGGCCUGUCAGGUCAUCAUGAUAACUGAUGAACGAUCACCACAAGGGCAUCGUUCUUUUAAAUUUAAAAAUCCUCUUUGGCGAAUUCACAUUAUUUGUAUGGCUAACGAAGUUAAUAAGGAUGAAGAUUCAAAAGAAACCAAUGGGAUGUUGCAAGAGUAUAGAAAAUUGCUUAAUAGACAUUUACCUUUCAAGAUAACCAAGAAUCAUCCUAAAGGAAACAUGGCUUUUGAGAACGAGGGUGCAUUCUGUUUUAUAUCGUAUCCUCAAACUAAAGAUAAGAUUAUAAAUACCGUGGAUUCAAUUGCUGAAAAAUAUUUUUUGCCAUACAAGAGUACUCUGUUGUGUGGACAAAUAUUUUUGCCUGUUUUGAUAUAUCCAGCCAUUCAUACUAUUGACGGGGAAGAUGUUCAGGAAUUGGUGAAAGUUAUUUCCAUUGUGGAAUUUGUGUCAAAAAAUUCUUUUCGAGGUGAACCUUCGCGUUACCGUUUCUGGAUGUUUCUGGAUGAUGACUGUAAUGACAUUAAAGAGAAUUACAAUGAGUAUUUUCAUGUACUAUGGUUAUCACUAAGAAACGAAAAUCGGAUAGCGGUUGCUUGGUUACAGGAUAAUACCUUUGCCACCAUAGAAGUUUCAAUAACUCCGGAAAAUCGAACGAAUCAGACCGAUAUGUCAGUUGCAUCUGGCUCAUAUUUUUACUUCACCGUGUAUUCAAGAAAUAUUUCGAGUGAUAUGUUAUCAUCACCAACAGUUAAGUCUAGUAAAAGCUAUAUGUCCGAAAACAUUGAGCUACCUAAACCAGAACACAUCGAGGUUCUAAUUAAAAAAAUAACGCGUUACGCGGGUAAUUUACCGAAUGACGUCACCAAAUUAUCGACAGCUGUUCAACAAAUAUCGAAGAUAAUUGAAAUGUUUUAUUAUAUAUCACUUCGGGAAAAGGUGAUUGAAAUACUACAGGACCUACGUAUCCAGUCUCCUGAAGCAGAAAACCGAGCAAUCCUUACCCAAUGUUUGCAAGUUUUAGGUGACACUGAGAUGGAAGAAGAUGAUGAAUAUGAAAACGAAGGAAUGGAUUAUGAAGGAGAGAUUGCUGGAGAUCAAGAAGAUCGGGAAACUCGGAUUUCGGAUACAGCCGCUCCUACCAUUAGGACUCGUAAAUUUCUUACAAACCGUCUUCUAAAGCGAAGACAAAUGGUUGUUGACAUUAUUCAUCCCGGAAUUUCUAAUUUAUCAAAGGAUGAUACUCGCGAAAAGCUAGCCAAGAUUUAUAAAGUCGACAAAGAAGUCAUAUUCGUAUUUGGUUUCCGCACAUGUUUUGGCGGUGGUAGAUCCACUGGCUUCGCUUUGAUCUAUGACAGUCUCGAAGCAGCUAAGAAAUUUGAGCCCAAGUAUAGGCUUGUUCGGCAUAAACUUGCCGAUUCUCAAAAGACCGCCCGAAAACAACGUAAAGAAAGAAAAAAUCGGGCCAAAAAAUUCCGUGGAACCAAGAAGACCAAGGCUGCUACUGCCAAGAAAGAAAAGUAA